AAAAAAAGGGUAUGCUCCUCAGUUGAAGACUCAUCCAUUUGAGAAAAAAUAGUUUAGUUUUGUUUUCUUCUUUAUAGAGAGUAUUUUGCAAGAGAGUUGUGUUGCCAAAGUCUUUUUUGGUUUCACUCAAAUUCUAAACGAGAGAAGAAUAGAUGGAAAUCAAAGAAAUGGGCAGGGUAUGUGUAACAGGAUUUGUUGGAUCAUGGCUCAUCAUGAGGCUUCUUCAACGUGGCUACUCUGUCAACACCACCAUUCGAUCUCAUCCAGAUAGAAACAGAGAUAUUAAGUACCUCACAAAACUAGAAGGUGCAUCAGAGAGACUUCAAAUUUUCAAUGCUGAUAUGAACAAACCACAAAGUUUUACUGCAGCAAUUGAAGGAUGUGUGGGAGUUUUCCAUGUAGCUCAGCCCAUGGAUUUUGAAAAGGAAGAAGUCGAUGAAAUAAAGGUGAAAAGUGUCAUUACAGCAACAUUGGGGAUUUUACAAGCGUGUGUUGAUUCAAAGACAGUUAAGCGAGUCGUGUAUACUUCCAGUGUUGCUUCUGUUAUAUUUAAUGAUAAAGGCUUAGAUGAAAGCUCUUGGAGUGAUGUUGAUUUCAUCAAAUUUGCAAAGCCGUUUCUGUUAUGUUAUUCAACCUGUAAGACAUUGACAGAGAAAGCAGCCAUUGAAUUUGCAGCAAAAAAUCGACUCCACUUAGUUUCUGUAGCUGCUUCUUGGAUACAUGGACCCUUCAUAACUCCUCAUUGUCCAUUCACUGUUCAAAUUUUUCUGGACAUCAUAUUUCGAAAUGGCGAAGAAGGUGUGCUAGAACAACAAAAAUACAUACCUUUUGUACAUGUAGAUGAUGUGGUGAAUGCACAUAUCUUUCUUUUUGAGCAUUCAAAUGCAAAUGGAAGAUAUAUUUGUUCUUCUGGAGAAACUACAAUAUUUGAACUCUCCAAAUUUCUUUCGGCCAGAUAUCCUCAAUAUGAAAUACCCAUUAUAGAAGGUUCAAUGGAGGGUCUAAAAUAUCCCAAACUUUCAGUAAAAAAGCUCUUGGACACUGGAUUUGAGUUUAAGUACUAUGGACAAUUAGAGGAAAUGUAUGAUGGAGCAAUUGAAUGUUGCAAAACAAGAGGGCUGCUCUAGUCUUUUAAUUAUACCUCUAAUAAUUAAUAUGGAUGAAUUUUAGGUCUAUGUUUUCAUGUAUCCCUAAUAAUUUUUAAGAGAUUUGUGUUUUGUUUAUGUGUAUUUGAAUAAAAUCUUCAUAGAUGUUUUGAUUCAAAAGAGAAAUAUCAUUUGAAGUUUACUUCUAAA